AGCAGCAGACAGGCGGACACAGGGAGAGCCGUCAUGAAGCUGUACCGUCUAGUCACGUACUCCCCAAAUUUCCUUAAUUCCGUCGUAAGACGAGCCCUUUCCUCGCGACGAGUCGUCACAGUGACAUUAUGAAGCAGGCAACGUUCCAAAUCAGUGACAACUAAGGAAAUUAAUAGUCUAACCAAACUAUUUCCCAAUGACUUGGGGAUUGUUGACAUGAUCCACCGAAAACUUAACCUGUCUCAACUUGGUGCUCUGCAAUAAGUAAGGAGUACACCACACAUUUUUCUCGAGUGAUACCGCCACUGGCUAGCACUAUGACUUCAUUGUUUGGCAUUCCUCUUUGUGGUUCUUUAUUCCUGCCCCUUAUCAUCGGAAUUGCGACUGUUUCGUUUUUCUGGACAUUCGUUUUUUCCAAAAAGGGCCUCAAGUGCAAUGCUGAGGAUAGGGGCGAAAUGAAAACAAAUAGUGUGCCCAAAGAAAAAGUGUUCCUUGAAACCAAGAAAAAAGCCAAAGACAAGGGAAAGAAAAAAUGUGGAAGUAGCGGAGGUUGCUGCAGUAAGAAGGAUGGUAAAUCAGGAGGUUGCAGCGACUCGAAUCAAUCAAUUCAGAGUGCCAAAGUUUUCCUAGAUAAGCAGUCAAAUAUCUGCCAGGAGUUUGCUGGAGUUUUAGCAAAGCCACUAUCUGAAAACAUAGCUACAGAAUUACUGAACAUUUCACAUACUGAAUCAGUCAACCUUACUGAACAUGCUGAUGGUUCCCUUUGUAUCUUCAUUAUAGAUACUUCUAUUUCAAAUGGCCAACCUCACUGGCUGCUUAGAGCUCUGAGCAAUUUGGCAAGCACAGAAAGACCUCUUUCAGGGAUGAAAUACUCGGUGUUCACAUUACAGGAUGCUCCAUUAGAAUCUAAGGCGGAGCCAGUAGACCAAUUCCUGCACAAAUCUGGUGCAGUGAGAGUAUGCAGAGCUGAGAUAGCAGAGAUCACAGCUGCUCUCUCUUCAAACGUUUUUGAUGACUGGGCAGAAGAGGUUCUUUCUCGAAUCCAACUAUGGAACUCUCCCAAGAAGAAAUCAUGCAAGUGUGGCCCUAAAGAAAAGGCAAGUAAUGUAAAAGAGUCGUGUAGUAGCAGUGAUUGUAGUUCUGACGAUGAAGAUGGAAGGAAUUCAUCACCUUCCGAGCCUAUCUUAGACUUGGAGGAUAUAGCAAAGCUGCUUUAGGAUUGUAUUUAUUAUUGGCCCGUAGAGAUCAUCUGACACAUUGGAGUACAAUAUGCAGUGCUUUAUUGUACUCACAUGAAAAUCGGUACCCUUUCCCAUUUAUUAAACACUAUUCUUCAACAUUUCAUAAUAAAAUAUUAUGGGAAAACAGAAGUGAGAACAAGGAUACAACUAAGCUUCUUAACUUUUCUAUGUUUUUAUAUACUUUUAAAGUCUUCAAAACUAUUGAAUUAUCACAGAUUGUUGAA